AUGCCCUUGGCACUCUUCACAAUUUGUCUUAUAUCCGGGAUGUACGGAAGUGAGGCUGGAGGAGGGCAAUGUAAAAUUUCAGAGAGAUCAUUCCCUGGUAAAGCUCUCAAGGGUCACACCUUCAAAGAGUUUGCAGUGAGGGCCAUUGUUGAGUGCCAGAACACCUGUGAAAGAGACCCCAUGUGUGCGAGUUACAAUUUUUACAUUCCGGGCAAAGUGUGCGAGCUUAACAGCCAGACCAAGGAAGAAAGACCUGAAGACUUUGUGACAGAUGAGCUAAGGUUCUAUAUGAGACGAGAAGGUACGAUAAUCUGUCUGUUCUCUCCCGUCUAUUUCCUAGACUUACUGAUGGAAUUGAGAACGUGUGAAUGCCAAAAUACGAUAACAAAGUUCCAAGAUGCAAAUCGAAUAAGAUUGCCAUGUAUUGUAUGCGCAACAUUAGUAAGCUGUUCAAAUAAAAUCACACUUUGCAUGACCUUGACUUAGAAAUAACCCACAUAUUUCCUAUGCUAAAAUCUGUCUUGUACCAUUAGAUGAUGAUGAAUGCUUGAAGACCCCACCCGUUUGUGACGUCAACGCAAACUGCAAGAACACUCUUGGCUCCUAUCUUUGUUCAUGUAUAGAGGGCUUUACAGGUGACGGCAAAACAUGUCAAGGUAAAAUUUUGAAAAAAAUUGUCCUGCAAUUUUUCGCUUAUCUAGGUUAUUCUCAAAUUCGUAUUCGUAUUCGCCUUUUUUGUAUAUAGAGGAUAUUAUAUGGCCGCUUGGGGAUACGAAUUUUAUUUUCGAGUGCUAAAAGUAUCUCUCACAAGUGAGCGAAGCAAAAUGCCUGUCACAAAAAUGUUAUGAAACUCGGAUAUAAAGUUAUAAAGGAGAAAUAAAGACAAUAAUACUUAUAUUUUCUGUUUCAAAAAAUCAAAAUUGUAAUGAAGAAGAAAAAUUAUGUUAGUAACCAUGGCGACACCAAUAUCCCCACACGUGAAAGAUAAAAAUAGUAUCUUCACUGCGCGCGAUGAAGAUAUGAUUUUUAGUAAAAGGAAAAAUCCUGGUAUUUCAUCAGUAUCUAUAUCAUAAAAAUAUUUCAUUUGCUGUUAUGUUUACCACCUUUUUGUUUGAAGUAGAAUUGAAUUUAGUUAACAUCUUUAAACAUUUUAUUUCAGACUCAGACGAAUGCCAGAUGAGCACACACAAUUGUAGCAACAAUGCCACCUGCAUUAACACCGAAGGUUCCUUUAACUGUAGUUGCAAACCAGGGUACAGAGGAAAUGGCUACAACUGUUCAGGUACCUGCUUGCAAAGUCUUUCCUACUUUUUCUUUAGUUUUAAUGACAUUUAAUGGCAAACAAAUUACACUUAAAAUGUUCAGGCAUAAUAUAGCUUCAGAGUUCGUUUUCGUCUUCAAAACUCUCCUAACAUUUUAUUUCAGACUUAGACGAAUGCCAAAUCAGCUCUCACAAUUGUAGCGACAAUGCCACCUGCAUCAACACCGAAGGUUCCUUUAACUGUAGUUGCAAACCAGGGUACAGAGGAAAUGGCUACAACUGCUCAGGUACGUGCUUGCGAAGUCUUUCCUAUUUUUUCGUUAGUUUUAAUGACUUUUUAUGGCAAAAAAAAUUACACUUAAAAUGUUCAGGCAUAAUAUAAGUUCAGAGUUCGUUUUCGUCGUCAAAACUCUCCUAACAUUUUAUUUCAGACGUAGACGAAUGCCAAAUCAGUUCUCACAAUUGUAGCGACAAUGCCACCUGCAUUAACACCGAAGGUUCCUUUAACUGCAGUUGCAAACCAGGGUACAGAGGAAAUGGCUACAACUGUUCAGUUGCGUGCUUGCCAAGUCUUUCCUACUUUUUCUUUAGUUUUAACGACUUUUUAUGGCAAAAAAAUUACACUAAAAUGUUCAGGCAUAAUAUAAGUUCAGAGUUCAUUUCGUCUUCAAAACUCUCCUAACAUUUUAUUUCAGACGUAGACGAAUGCCAAAUCAGUUCUCACAAUUGUAGCGACAAUGCCACCUGCAUUAACACCGAAGGUUCCUUUAACUGCAGUUGCAAACCAGGGUACAGAGGAAAUGGCUACAACUGUUCAGGUACGUGCUUGAAAAGUCUUUCCUACUUUUUCUUUAGUUUUAGCGACUUUUUAUGGCAAACAAAUUACACUAAAAUGUUCAGGCAUAAUAUAAGUUCAGAGUUCGUUUUCGUCUUGAAAACUCUCCUAACAUUUUAUUUCAGACUCAGACGAAUGCCAGAUGAGCACACACAAUUGUAGCGACAAUGCCACCUGCAUUAACACCGAAGGUUCCUUUAACUGCAGUUGCAAACCAGGGUACAGAGGAAAUGGCUACAACUGUUCAGGUGCGUGCUUGCCAAGUCUUUCCUACUUUUUCUUUAGUUUUAACGACUUUUUAUGGCAAAAAAAUUACACUAAAAUGUUCAGGCAUAAUAUAAGUUCAGAGUUCGUUUUUGUCUUGAAAACUCUCCUAACAUUUUAUUUCAGACUCAGACGAAUGCCAAAUCAAUUCUCACAAUUGUAGCGACAAUGCCACUUGCAUUAACACCGAAGGUUCCUUUAACUGCAGUUGCAAACCAGGGUACAGAGGAAAUGGCUACAACUGUUCAGGUGCGUGCUUGCCAAGUCUUUCCUACUUUUUCUUUAGUUUUAACGACUUUUUAUGGCAAAAAAAUUACACUAAAAUGUUCAGGCAUAAUAUAAGUUCAGAGUUCGUUUUUGUCUUGAAAACUCUCCUAACAUUUUAUUUCAGACUCAGACGAAUGCCAAAUCAAUUCUCACAAUUGUAGCGACAAUGCCACUUGCAUUAACACCGAAGGUUCCUUUAACUGCAGUUGCAAACCAGGGUACAGAGGAAAUGGCUACAACUGUUCAGGUGCGUGCUUGAAAAGUCUUAAGUUUCCUACUUUUUCUUUAGUUUUAGCGACUUUUUAUGGCAAACAAAUUACACUUAAAAUGUUCAGGCAUAAUAUAACUUCAGAGUUCGUUUUCGUCUUGAAAUCUCUUAUAACAUUUUCCUUCAGACGUAGACGAAUGCCAGAUCAGCUCUCUUGUUUCCCCUUUACAAAGAAAACGGUUACAAAGGUUAUGAUUACGCUUACUUGUACUGUUCCCUUUUUGUAGACAUUGACGAGUGCAGCCGCGGUACUCACAACUGCCACAGUUCCCUUGCUUCGUGUACCAACACAGUGGGAUCCUUUAGUUGUUCAUGUAACAAUCCUUACAGUGGAGAUGGCAGAACGUGCUAUCUACUGGUAUCAGGUAAUCAAAUCGCCGAACACUAG